AUGGCCGCCAAAUCCACCCCCAAGAGACUCAACGUCCUGGUAUAUUCCGGUGCGCAAACCUACCCUGACUGGAGAGAAAAUAUUCUGACGGAGCCUCCAGGAAAUGGAACUACAGUGGACUCGGUCCGUCAGUGUCUGUACACCUUGCGCCGUAUCCUAUCGCCCAACUAUGCCGUUAUACCGGUCACUGGCGAGAUGGUCAUCAAGGAGCCAUGGACUGCUACCUGCGCUCUCUUCGUCGUGCCGGGAGGAGCAGACCUGCCCUAUUGCAGGACCUUGAACGGCGAAGGGAACAGGAGGAUAAAGCAGUUCGUUCAGCGGGGAGGGGCUUAUCUGGGCCUAUGUGCGGGCGGAUACUACGGUAGCUCUCGAUGUGAAUUCGAGGUCGGGAAUAAAAAGCUCGAAGUCAUUGGAGAUAGGGAACUGGCGUUUUACCCUGGUAUAUCUCGAGGCUGCGCCUUUGCUGGGUUCGUAUAUCACUCCGAGGAAGGGGCUAGAGCUGCUGAGCUGAAGGUCUCGAAGUCUUCUCUUCCCGUUGGCUCGGUCCCGGAUACGUUCAAGUGCUAUUACAAUGGAGGCGGCACCUUCGUCGAUGCGCCGAAAUAUGCCGAUCAGGGUGUAGAGGUGCUCGCAAGCUAUACUGAAAAGCUCCACGUUGAUUCUGGUGAAGGGCAGGCUGCCGUUGUCUACUGCCCGGUGGGAGAUGGUGCAGCUAUAUUAACCGGACCACACCCAGAGUUCUCGUCUGCCAACCUAGACCGUAAUUCGGAGGCCCCUGAUUAUUCAAAUGUCGUCGAUUCAUUAGCAAGAGACGACAAGUUCAGAACGGACUUCCUAAAAGCCUGUCUGGCGAAAUUGGGUCUACAGAUCAAUCAGGAUUCUUCAACGGUACCGUCCCUCUCCCAGAUGCAUUUGUCUGCCCUGGAGCCCGGUGCUGCACUUGACGUCCUCUCUUCUUUGAAAGACGUCGUCACUACAGAGGACGGUGAGGAGUAUCUCAAAGAUGACAAUGAUACUUUCCUCCUUGAGACACCAUCCUCGAUGAAAAUGAAUAUAAUUGCAGAAGCCCUUCCAGAUACCUCACAGGACAAAACUGAGGCUACUACCACUGACGUGUCUACUACGGACGAUGACAGAAUUGUCGAUUAUAAUGCCGUCGUCAAACGACUUGUUAUUAAUGAUGAGCUUCCGGACACCAAGACGACACCGUACUUUAACCAUCACGCCUUUUACUCUAACCUGAAAGCAUAUAGAGAUCAGUCGAAGGAGGAGCUACAGGCUUUCGGUUCACACAUUUUAUACGGUGAGGUGGUCACCAGUACCAACACCAUUCUAGAGAAGAAUUCACGCCUACUACGAGGGCUCCCUAACGGGACCACAGCCACGGCCACGGUCCAGGUUGCUGGUCGAGGACGUGGUUCAAAUGUCUGGGUCUCACCCCCUGGUCAGCUCAUGUUUUCAGUCUGCGUACACCACCCAGUCGACAAGUUAAUGACUGCCCCAGUGGUGUUCAUUCAAUACCUCGUCGCAAUGGCUAUUGUCCAGGGUGUGAAGACAUACGAUAAGGGGUAUGAUACGCUGCCUGUAAAGUUAAAGUGGCCAAAUGAUAUAUACGCCAUCGACCCAUCGGACCCAUACGGAAAAACCUACACCAAAAUCGGCGGCAUCCUGGUCAACGCCCAUUACUCUUCUAGCGAAUACAUUGCUGUGGUCGGCGCAGGGCUAAACGCUCUCAACCCAUCCCCUACGACCUCCCUUAAUGCCCUGCUGCAAGCCUUCAAGGGAACAUCAAACCCGCAGCCCCCGUCCCUAGAAAAGCUUCUGGCUCGUAUCCUCACUACUUUUGAAGGAUUAUAUGCACGCUUCUUACGUACUGGAUUCGACAAGGACUUUGAAGACAUGUAUUAUUCUGACUGGCUGCAUAUGGACCAGAUUGUCACAUUGGAGGCAGAAGGCGGGGUACGGGCAAGGAUCAAGGGCAUUACGAGGGAUUUUGGGCUUUUGAUUGCUGAAGAAUUGGGGUGGGAGGAUCGGCCGACUGGUAAGAUAUGGCAGUUGCAAAGCGAUAGCAAUAGCUUUGACUUCUUUAAGGGGUUGUUGAAGAGGAAGAUGUGA